AUGCAGCUUUCGGGUGUUCUUGCUCUGCUGUCUUCGACUGUUCUUUUGUGUACCGCAGAUCCACUUAUACCCAAUCCUGCCGAUUAUGUGUUGCCUUUCAUUGGCACAACAAAUGGAGGACAUGUCUUCCCUGGUGCGACUCUUCCUCACGGCAUGGUCAAGGCAGGAUUAGAUACUAACUCUCCAGGAAACCAAGCGGGAUAUGACGCAGAUCCCCAGUACGACGCCAUCGGCUUUUCGCAGUUGCAUGAUUCUGGAACAGGUGGUUCAGCGUCCCUUUCUAAUUUCAAGAUCUGGCCAUUUGCAUCCUGCCCUUCCUUUACCGAAUGUCCCACUUCUCCUACCAGUAGAGCCGUUCCGAGGAAAUUAUUAUCAGAUGGUUCCCCCGAUGAUGCCGCUUCACCUGGAUACUUUGCUUCCAAUCUGUCUACUGACAUCCGUGCGGAGCUCACAACUACACGACGCACAGCUCUGCAUCGGUAUACAUUCCCGUCCAGCUCCGCCGAGCCGCGGAUAGUCGUGGAUCUGACAGACGAUGGUCUGCAAAGCGGUUAUGAUGUCACAUUGCUCAUCGAUCCUACCACCGCUCGUGUAACAGGCGACGCUUGGUUCGAGGGUAGCUUUGGACCUGGAGCUUACCACCUUUUUACCUGUGUAGAUUUUAAGGGAGAAAACUACGAAAUCGGCAGCCCGUCCGAAUACGGUUCAUGGUCAUUCAAUACAGUGACACAGAACAAAACGAAUUUGAGUGGUAUCUACAGUGGCUCUUCUGGAGCCCUACUAACAUUCCAGCCUGCAACGAAUGGAACAACCUCAAUUCUGGUUCGCGUUGGUGUUUCCUUUAUAUCCAGUGCACAGGCAUGCUCGAACGCGGAGGAAGAAAUUUCGGACUGGGACUUUGAGCGUGUACACUCUGAUGCAUUGGCGCAAUGGAAUGAACUCCUGGGCAGAGUUCAAGUAGAUCCCGCUGGUGUUGAAGAAGAGAAAAUUCAACUAUUCUAUUCAUCAUUAUAUAGGACGCAUAUCGUACCAGCUGAUUAUUCAGGAGAGAAUCCGAGAUGGCAAUCAUCAGAGCCUUACUAUGAUUCCUACUACUGUAAUUGGGACACUUUCCGCACCUUGUAUCCCUUGUUCUCUCUCCAUGAUCCGGAAAGGUUUGCUCUUAUUACCAGAGCAAUGAUAGAUAUUUGGAGGUUUGAAGGUUGGCUUCCGGAAUGUCGUGGCGCCACGAUUCAGCAGUGGGUGCAAGGGGGAAGUAACGCGGAUCCCAUUCUUGGAGAAUUCUUCGUUAAAUAUAAUGACCAUGCCGCCGCUCUGAACAUUUCCAUUUCGGACUUGUAUUCUUCUCUUCUUACGGAUUCCCAAAACGAGCCUGGAGACUGGGAUUUACAAGGUCGUCAGGCUGUUGCAUGGGAUAAUCUCAAUUAUGUUCCGGACGAGUUUGAUUCAGAUUUUGGGGGUACCAAUACCAGACAGGUUUCGAGGACGCUGGAGUACGCGUUCGGAGAUUUCGCGAUAUCGCAGGUAGCAAAGUUGAUUGGCAAUGAUGCCGACGCUGCAAAGUUUGCGAAAAGAUCGAAUGGUGCAUUCAAUAUGUGGAAUCCAAACGUCACUCUUCCGGGAUUCCCUGGUGUGAUCGGUAUGAUGCAGCAAAAAUCCAGUACCGGAGCUUUCGAUACGUAUACCGAUCCUCGACAUUGUAGUGUGAACGAUCCCACACAUUCAACUUGCUAUUUAGACGGCAACAACCACGAUGGUUUCUAUGAAUCCUCUCCGAUGGUGGUGAGUUUUGUUCCACACGACACUGCUCAACUCAUAACGCUGCAAGGAGGGAAUGAGAGUUUUAUUGAAAGGCUGAACAUCAUCUUCAACCAAAGCUACUUCGACCCCACUGACGAGCCAUCCCAGCAAAUUCCAUUCAUGUACCAUUAUGCUAAUCGUCCAGGCUUGACUACGAAACAAACUAGACAAGUCAUAUCCGAAUCUUACAACACUAGUGUUUCUGGGCUGCCAGGGAACGAUGAUUCAGGUGCAAUGGGAAGCUACGCGGUGUUCCUUUUAGCAGGGUUGUAUCCCGUUCCGGCAACAACCCAGUAUCUACUUUCUUCCCCGUUCUUCCCCUCAAUAUCGUUUUCGAACCCUCUUUUCAACACUACCACAACCAUCAAAGCUAACAAUUGGGCCGGUAAUCCCGCGGAUGGCGUUGGCACGGUCUAUAUCGCGAAUGUCAUGAUCAACGGAGAGCAGUACAAAUCAAACUGCUAUCUUGAGUGGGACUUGUUUAAAACAGACGUGGUGAUAGAGCUCACUCUGUCGGACGAUGACAGCCUAGGUUGUGGAAACGGAGCUGAUGCUUUACCUCCAUCGCUUUCGACAGGUGGUUUUAAUUGA